AUGUCUCUCUCCUCAUUAUAUAAAACCAUCUUCCUUUGUUAUCGUAGCCACAACCCUCUCUCAACUACAUCUCUUAACAUGAACAACCAAAUCAUCGCCGACGAUUUUCCGGUGACACUGGGAGACCGGCAGUUACAAUACAUGCAGUCUCGCGCCAUAGAUCUGAUUCAAACCGCACCAAGCUUCAAUAAAUAUCAUUUCAACCAAUCUCCAGUGAUGUUAAAACGACAGAGAGAUUAUGCGUUUGACUCCGACGCUCUAAUGACAGCUCGGAAACGUAGGUCCGUUGCGUUUGUCCCGCCGCAGUCUCUAAUUGAGGCACAACUCGUUUCUCAAAUCCAGCAGCAACAAACAGAUAUCGAUCUGUUCGUCGCUCAGCAAACGCAAACGCUCAGAUUGGAGUUAGAAGCGAGGCAGAGAACGCAAACGUUGUCCUUAGUGUCAGCGGUUCAGUCCGUGAUUGUCAAAAAGCUUAAACAGAGAGACGACGAGAUUGUCCGAAUGGGUAAACUAAACUAUGUUUUGCAAGAGCGAGUGAAGAGUCUCUACGUCGAGAAUCAGAUCUUGCGUGACCUCGCUCAGACCAAUGAAGCUACAGCUAACACUCUCCGGUCAAAUCUUGAACAUGUUCUCGCUCAGGUCGACGAGUUACCGGCGACCGCAGCAACCGGCGGAGAUGUUUUUCAUCCUCCGCUAGAAGAGGAUGCUGUAUCGAGCUGCGGAAGCUGCGACGGUGCUGAUGGUAAUGAUUUCACGGCGGGGACAGGAGGAUGUAAACGGUGCGGUGAAAGGACGGCUAGUGUGUUGGUGCUGCCUUGCCGUCACUUGUGUUUGUGUACAGUUUGUGGAUCGGCUCUGUUACAGGCGUGCCCUGUAUGCGAUACGGUCAUGAAUGCUAGUGUUCAUGUUAACAUGUCAUGAGACUCAUGACCCAUUUUAAAUUUUUUAAUUUUCUUUUUAGUGAAGGAUUUCAUAGCAUAGUAAAAGUAAUACUAUUAUAAUUUUUUGGGAUAUUUAAUUAUGGAAUUGAUUUAUUUGCUUAAAGCUUUGUACAACCGUUAGUAAU